AAUGUCUUCAUAUUAGACACGACAGAAAUAGUCCCGUGCCAGCCAAUUGACAAGGAUUCAGUCAGGAUGAUAAAUGUGGGGGCUGCGUCGGUUGGUAUUUUUGUUCUGGAGGCCCGCCGAAACCUACGCCUUGUACUCCCAACGUUCCAAUCCUCCUCCUGCGCAACCCUGGACGUUCCAAAGGCCUGGGUUCGCGAUGAUGCUGCGCUUCAUAUUUUGGGCCUUCCUAUCGUCAGCCUCACUACCUUUUUCCUCACAAUCGCCUUUGCAAGGACAGGAAGGGCCUCAACGAGCUGCACAAAUCGAAAGGCGGCAAUGGACCUCCAUCAGGGUCCCCAUCCUCGCCAUGACUUCUGUAGCAUCUCCAUAUCCAUGGAACCAAAUAAGGCAGAAGGAACAGAAGACCAGCUACCAACCGUUGGUGCCCAUCGCCAUGACUUCUAUCAUAGCUUACUCGGGGGAUCCAUACCAGAAAAAGGCACAGCCGCAGAAGACUAGCCACUUACCGCCGGUGCCUGUUAUCGCCAUGACUUCUGUCGUGACUUAUCCUUGGCAUGAACGAGAGGGGGAACAGAAACUUGGCUACCAACCAAUCUUAGCCAUGAAAUAAGUCUUGACCUGACGAGACAACGGUCCAUACGGA